AUGUUCUCGAAGUCUAGAAAAAGUGGAGGUAAAGAAAAAUGGUGCGGGAAAUGCAAAAAGAAAAACUCUAUAAAAAGUAACGAGGAGGUGACAUGUUUUAAGUGUGGAAAGCAUGGGCAUUACGCUGAUGAAUGUACAUUCAACAAAAGGGUAUGUUACGAAUGUAAUGAAGAAGGGAACUUCAAGCAGGACUGCCCGAACAGGGAAGAAACUACAAAGCCAACUGUACCACUGAAGCAUAAUGAGAGAUCCGACGAAGAGGUGACUUGUUACAAAUGUGGAAUGAAAGGUCGUUACGCCAAGAAGUGCACAUCCGACAAGAAGGUGUGCUAUGGAUGUAACAAAGAAGGGCAUUUUUCUAGAGAUUUCCCAAAGAAGAAUGAACCAGCAAAUCCAAAGGCAUUCCACAUGAUCCUCGAUGAAGCGAAAACAACGCGAGGUUUCAAGAAUGAAAACUUCAUAUCAAGAUAUAGUCUGUAUCAGGAAGUGUAG